AAUUUAUUCCAAAUUCGAACAAGGCAAACAUCGCAUCGCAUCGUGUGUGGCUUCUUUCAGAAGCAUUUCUCCAAAACCAAACAGGGACACGAUUGGUAUUUAGACAAAUCCCACUACCCUUCUCCAAAAAUUGAACUUCCCUCUCUUCACGAAACAGACCAAAUUAUUAUGGCGCCUUCUUUAUAUCCAUUUUAGGGUUUCAAAUUUCACACUCACUUGUAACCCACUCCCAUUCAAUUCAAUCAAAUCAAUUAGGGUUUCGAAUUUCACUGUGCAAGAAAAAAAAGCCAAGAUUUGAUAAAAAGCGACAAUGGCUGUGAAUCUGACACAAGGUGCGAUAAUAACUAUGUGUUUCACUUCGGAGGAAUUGCAACCGGUUCUUCAAGUUAUCGAUUUGAAGCUUGUGCAGUCGCAGCAGAAUAGUUCUACUGAGAGGUAUAGGCUUGUUCUGUCCGAUGGUUCGUAUUAUCAACAAGGAAUGCUCGCUACACAGAAGAAUGAGUUGGUUCAUUCUGGAAGGUUGCAGAAAGGUUCCAUUGUUAAGCUUCAUCAAUUCAUUUGUAACGAUGUUCAGAAUCGCAAGAUUAUCAUCAUAGUUGAGCUGGAUGUUAUACUGGACAAAUGUGAUUUGGUUGGAGAACCUGUCCCCGCACCAAAAGAAGCGCCUUCACAAUCAGCUGUGAGUCAAGCACGAAAUGUACAAUCUGCUGCUGGUCAAUCAGGAAAUACCACUGGGAUUUCACAGUCUUUAAAUAGUAAUUCACAUGCAGGUGGCAUUAAUGCUAGACCAAAUGUGUCUAUGCCAUCUAUGGAUCGUCCAAAAGUGAAUCCUCCUGCUAGCAGUGUCUAUUCUAACAGUUCCGAGCCUGUUAGAUAUGGUGCAUCUAAUGCUCCUCCAUCUUAUCCUAAACCUGAGCCUGGAUCCAGUUUGAAUAGACCAGCACCGUCAAAUGGGUCUUAUGGUGUACAGAAUACAAGUUUCCGCAAUCCACAAUUUGAGGCUUCAAAACCAAUGCAAAAUUCUAAUGCUCGUCCGCCUCAGCCUAUGUACAGACCGCAAUCUUCAAUGUACACCAACACCAACACCAACAGAGGGCCUAUAGGAAGAAAUGAUGCCCCCCCAAGGAUAGUUCCAAUAUCUGCAUUGAAUCCGUAUCAGAGUAAUUGGACAAUUAAAGCCAGAGUAACGGCUAAGGGGGAACUUAGGCACUAUAACAAUGCCCGAGGUGAGGGAAAAGUAUUUUCUUUUGAUCUUUUGGAUUCUGAUGGUGGAGAAAUCCGGGCAACUUGCUUUAAUGCUGUGGCUGAUCAGUUUUAUAACGUAAUAGAACAUGGUAAAGUCUUUCUCAUUUCCAGAGGAAAUUUAAAGCCAGCUCAGAAGAAUUUUAAUCACCUUCCUAAUGAUCACGAGAUAACCCUUGAUAUAACAUCAGUUAUUCAGCCAUGGCUUGAAGAUGAUAAUUCAAUUCCAAAGCAGAUAUUUAAUUUUCGUCCCAUUGGUGACAUAGAAAGUAUGGAAAACAACAGCAUUGUGGAUUUGAUUGCUGUGGUGACUUCUAUCAGUCCUACAGCUUCAAUCAUGAGAAAAAAUGGCACUGAAACGCAGAAGAGAACUCUCCAGUUGAAAGACAUGUCUGGCCGAAGUGUUGAAUUAACUGUAUGGGGAAAUUUUUGUAACGUGGAAGGACAAAGGCUGCAAGUUAUUUGUGACUCGGGGGCAUUUCCAAUUUUGGCUGUAAAGGCUGCCAGAAUAAAUGAUUUCAAUGGGAAGUCUGUUGGGACUAUAGGCACUAGCCAAUUAUUUGUAGAACCUGAUUCUGCAGAGGCUUAUACUCUGAGAGAAUGGUUUGACAAGGAAGGGAGGAAUGUACCGAGUCAAUCUCUUUCUAGAGAAUCAUCUAGUUUUGGUAAAAGUGAAGUGCGGAAGACUGUCUCUCAAAUUAAAGAUGAAAAGUUAGGGACUUCAGAGAAGCCUGAUUGGAUAACCGUAUGUGCUAGUGUUUCUUUCGUUAAAGUUGAUAAUUUUUGCUACACAGCUUGUCCUAUCAUGAUAGGGGAUAGGCAAUGUAACAAAAAGGUUACUAACAAUGGAGAUGGGAAAUGGCGCUGUGACAGGUGUGAUCAGUCUGUUGAUGCUUGUGAUUAUAGGUACAUACUGCAAUUGCAGAUACAGGAUCACACUGGUGUAACAUGGGCUACUGCUUUCCAGGAGGGUGGCGAGGAGAUCCUAGGUAUACCUGCAAAAGACUUGUAUUUUCUGAAAUAUGAAGAACAUGAUGAUGAAAGAUUUGCAGAAAUCAUCCGUAAGGUUCUCUUCACUAAAUAUGUGUUCAAGUUAAAAGUAAAAGAGGAGACAUACGGUGAUGAACAACGUGUUAAGUCGACAGUAGUAAAAGCAGAGAAGGUAAUCUUUGCAUCUGAAUCUAGAUUUCUUCUGGAUUUGAUUGAUAAACUUAAGUCUGAGAAAGCAGAAGGUGCCACCAUUAACUCUGUUAUCAAUAAUACUGGACUGGGGAGCUUUGGACAAACUACACCGCCAGUAUAUAAUCCUAUAAAGCCCAACACUAAUACUGGUAGAGAUUAUGGGAUGCCAGCAAAUCAAGUGGGCCAGUAUGGAAACCAGUAUAGCAGUUCUGUUGCUUCGUCAGCGGCUCCUGGUUCAUACGUGUCAUGUAGCAACUGUGGAGCCUCUGGCCAUAGCUCUGCGCAAUGCCUAAAUCUUAGAAAUCAAUCUGGACAGUCUACUGGUGCGGCCUAUGGCAACAGGGUAUCUGCUGGAUCAGGUGCCGCUUCUGGUGAUUGCUAUAAAUGCCAUCAACCUGGACAUUGGGCAAGGGACUGUCCGGGUAUGGGUGCAGCAGCACAUUCAGAUCAGCCGAUGCAGCGCCCAUCCGCUGGAUCAGGUGCGGCUUCCGGAGAAUGCUAUAAAUGCCAUCAAACUGGACAUUGGGCAAGAGACUGUCCUGGCAUCAGUGCAGCACCUCCUUCUUAUGGAGGCAAUAAUGUAAUGCAAGGAAGAUAUGGUAAUGGUAUAGCUCAAAAUCAACAGUAUGGAGGAUACUGAAAUUUGGCAAAAUGCCACUUUUUGGAUUGAGUUUGUCGUGUUUCAUUUUGGUAUGUUUUAAAAAUUGUCUUUACGGUCAACUAUGUAAAUAUAGACGGCAUAAUUAUGUGGUAGUUGUAUUGAUGUGGCAUUUCUCAAUGCCAACGUGGUGCAAAACUACAACUUUAUCUUUUAAUGUGAACUCUUCUGUGUCUUUUCCCAAUAGCGGAUGCAGUUGAUCAAAAUAGAGAUGCAUAGUUUAACUGCUUGCA